CUAAGAUUGAUCUACAAAAUGCUUGUGAAGAUAAUUGAGAUUCACAUCAGUAACAAAGGUUCUGAUUUAUUUACACAACUCUCACUUUAUAUGAGUAAGAGUCACAACAAGUAUCCUGAGGAGAACCAACUCUUAGAGUCGCCGCUUAUUCCACAUGAACUCGUUGCAGAGAUCCUCUCAUGCCUUCCGGUGAAAUCCCUCAUACGUUUCAAAUGUGUAUGCAAGUCAUGGAACUCUCUCAUAUGUGCCCCCCACUUUGUGAAACUACACCUUCGUCGACACUCCACUCCAAACGCCAACCCCAAUGUGCUAUUUAUAUGGAGCACCAUGGAAGCACACUAUGGAAAGAGAAACAUCUUGUUUUUCCCCGUGAAAUCGUUGCUCGAAGCCCCUUCAACCAUCACAGAAGAGCCAUACUUCCUUGGCAAGUUGAAAAGUAGAUACAGGAUCAUAGGUUCCUGCAACGGCUUGGUCUGCUUGCUCGGAUGUCGUCGUUUCAAAUUCACAAGCAAGCAUGAAUGCCACUGGUUCAGUUUCUGGAAUCCGGCUAUGAGAAAAAAGUCUCAAAAGUCGCCUAAGGUGCCAAUACAAGGAAGUAAUGACCAGCUUGAUGCUAGCAGUUAUGGGUUUGGCUAUGAUCAUAUAAGUGACACUUACAAGGUGGUGUCAGUCUCAAAUGAUAUUGAGAGAAACCAUGUGAGGGUUUACAACAUGGGUGAUGAUAAUUGGAGAGACAUUGGAUCUUUCCCAACCUUUGUGCCCAUUACAGGGAGAACAAAUGGAGCUCACUUGAAUGGGACUCUAAAUUGGUUAAUAUGUGAGAAACCCAAGGUUGAUCAGAAUGGCAUUGUUAUGUUUGGCGUUGUUAUGUCUGAGUUGGACUCAUAUGUGAUUCUUUCAUUUAAUUUGAAUAAUGAGGGGUUUGUGAAAUUUUCUUUACAGGGUAUGCCUAGUGUGUUUUUCCAGGCAUUUGAUUAUCCAGAACUUGGGGUUUUAGGUGGUUCUCUAUGUGUUUCUUAUCAUUACAUGGGAACCCAUUUUGUGGUAUGGCAGAUGAAGAAGUUCGGAGAUGAAGAGUCUUGGAUUAAAUUGUUGAACAUUUGUUAUGAAGAUCUUCAACCUCUUGGCUUGCAACCACAAUUGACCCCAUUGCUUCCUAUUCCUCCUAAGUGGUUUCCUCCUACAUGCAUGUUGGACAAUGGUGAUUUUCUGAUGUUGGGUCAAAGAUUCAUCUAUAACCAAAGAGAUAAUAGAUUUCAACUUCUUGAAAUUCCCGGCUACUUCUUUUUAGACAGUCCCCAUAUGUAUUAUGAAAGUUUGGUUUCACCCUGCUUCAAUUAG